AUGAAGGUUUGGGGUAGAAUUCUGUGGACCCUCUUGCCUGGUCCGAGAAGGAAAGGAGGCAUCUGGGGCUCAUGGGCACCCCAUGCACCUCUAGUUAGGCUGAUGAGUGCCACAGAACUGGUUAGUCACUGGGCAGCAGUCUUUGAAGAGAAAGGCAUCCCUGAGGCACGGGAAUCCAGUGAGUACAUCGUGGCUCAUGUCCUUGGAGCCCAAACAUUUCAGAGCCUGAGGCCAGCACUUUGGACCCAGUCCUUGACUCCUCAACAGCUACAGUGUGUCCAGGAGAUGAGUAGUCACAGAUUACAGAGGAUGCCGGUUCAGUACAUCCUUGGGGAGUGGGACUUCCAGGGCCUCAAUCUGAAGAUGGCACCCCCAGUGUUCAUCCCUCGGCCAGAGACAGAGGAGCUGGUUGACUGGGUGCUGGAAGAGGAGGCCCAGAGGCCCUGUGCAUUGGAUGCCCAAGGCGGCCCUCUCAUCCUGGAGAUAGGCUGUGGAUCAGGAGCCAUUGCUCUCAGCUUGCUGAGCCAGCUCCCUCAGAGCCGUAUCAUUGCUGUGGAUAAGGCGGAGGCCGCCAUCUGCUUGACCCACGAGAAUGCUCAUAGGCUUCAGUUGCAGGACAGAAUUCGGAUUGUCCUCCUUGAUGUGACUUUAGAGAGGAGCUGGGCUCACCUUCUUCCCUGGGGCCCUGUGGACCUGGUAGUCAGCAACCCUCCCUACAUCUUCCACCAAGACAUGGAGCAUCUGGCUCCUGAGAUCCUCAGCUAUGAAGACCCAGCAGCCCUUGACGGUGGAAAGGAGGGCAUGAACGUCAUCAUCCACAUCCUAGCCCUGGCGUCCCGACUCUUGAAGAACUCAGGUAGCAUCUUCUUGGAAGUGGAUCCCAGGCACCCAGGACUUGUUGGCAGCUGGCUCCGGAGCCAGCCUGACCUGCACCUCGAGCUCAUGGCUGUGCGCAAGGAUUUCUGUGGGCGGCCCCGGUUCAUGCAUAUUCGGAAGUCUGGGCCCCAGUUUGAUUCCCCUGAGAACGCCUGGCCAGGGCUCCAGCUUGCCUGA